GGCCAUAUUCACAUUCAUUCCUACGUGGUUGACGUUUGCUGUCUUUCAGGGUCCCUCCCUCCCGCUAGGCUAGCUAGUUUUUGGUUGGUUUUCACGCGUGGGAUCCAUGCAUAUGUUUCUGUGUUAAACAAACAAAAAACACAACAGAUCCAAAUCUAGCAACAAACAACCUUUGAACAAACAUAUUAGAUCCAAGAAAUACAGUCCCCGCUCGCUCUGAGGUGCCACUCUCCUUCCCUAAUUGCCAAUUGUUGCUCUAAAGCUUCCAUUCUCAUCAUUUGUAUUCUGGGCUUUACACUCCACUAAAGCAAUCAUGUCUAGAAGGCCCGGAAACCCCACACGGCGCUUUGCUGCUGGUGGAAGCCUCGGGGGCAUUUUUCAUCCGAAAUCACGCCCUACUCCUUUGUUACCUACAAUCCUUCUCAUUUUGGGUGCUGUCCUUGUUGUUGGCUAUGUUUAUCGAGGCUCAGGUACAUCUGGAAGUUCAGCACUCAGCAGGCUUGAAGGUGAAUUUACCUGCACUUCGGAGCUUCAGCUGGCUAUUCCUUACUUAAAGAAGGCAUAUGGUGACAGCAUGCGCAAAGUUUUGCACGUGGGACCUGAUACUUGUUCUGUGGUGUCCAAACUAUUAAAAGAAGAAGAAACUGAAGCAUGGGGUGUUGAACCUUAUGAUGUCGAGGAUGUCGAGGCGAACUGCAAGAAUCUUAUCCACAGAGGAAUAGUACGUGUGGCAGACAUCAAAUUCCCAUUACCCUACAGGCCAAAAUCAUUUUCUCUUGUUAUCGUGUCGGAUGCAGUGGAUUACCUGUCUCCUAGAUACCUAAACAAGACUAUUCCAGAGUUAGCAAGAGUGUCUGCUGAUGGUCUAGUUAUUGUUACAGGUUACCCUGGUCACUCCAGAGCUAAAGUCGCUGAGCUAUCCAAGUUUGGACGUCCUGCAAAAAUGCGGAGCUCUUCUUGGUGGGCACGCUUCUUUGUGCAGACCAGCCUACAAGAGAACGAUGCUGCAAUGAAAACGUUUGAGAAGGCUGCAGCGAACGAUGGAUACAAGUCUAGGUGUCAGAUUUUCCAUGUUAAAUCAUUCCAUUGACACAUCAACCAUCUCACAGUUAAGAGAGCAAUCUCUUCAUUGUCGGUGAUAUUUUUAGCAGGUCUUUAAAAGUCUCAUUUUUGCACCUCCCACAUCAAGGGAAAAAAGAAGCAGGAAUGAAGAAAAAUAUCCUGCGUCAUUUUGAGUAAUUCAAUAUGUACAAGCAGACUAAUUGAAAGUUGAAACUUCUGAUUUUCAUAAAUUUCAUACAGUCAACACGUUAUAUAGGUAAUAGGUUCGCUAUUUGGUAUGAAUUGUUUGCAUCUGUAUUAUUUGUUGUCUGCAUCUUUAUUAUCAGGAUGUUUCUAUACUUAGCGUAAAA